AUGAAAAAGGAUAAGGAGAACAGAAAAGAAAAAAAAAUCCAUGGAAAAAAUGGAAAACCUAUACCUAAAGAUUUACAACAGUACAUGGACAAACUAUGGGGAUUUGUGUCAAAUUCAGAUGAUGAAAAAGACGAACAUAAUAAAAUAUGUGAAUGUAGUGAAAGUAUAAGUGUAUUGCCAAGAUCAAAGGAAGCCACAAAAUUAGAUAAGGUGCCUGAACCUAAACAUGAGACAACUGAUAACUCUAGGGUAAAAAAGAUAAGGAAGAGGAAAGUGAAGGAACUGAUUCACUGCAAUCGUGACGAUGCCAUUUCUGUUGCCGCUUCUGAGGUCACAUCUGAGGUCACUUCUGACACCGCUUCUAAUACCUCAUCCAAUGUGAACCCAUCAAAGCACCUAAAUUGUGAAAAUACAGAGAAUGGAUUUUAUGAAAGGAAUAACAAGAGGAAGAAAAAUAAGGGUGCUAUAAAAGAAGCUAAACGAAGCAGUGCACAAAAUAAAACGUGUAAGACGGAAGAAAUGGUGUACGAACGAACAACUCCUUUUUUUUCAAAAGGAAAUAAAACAACUGGCAUGGAUGUAGAUAAAAAUGGGAAUAUUAAGUGGACAUGUAGAGAAGGAAAAGAAAAUUUGGGAAAACAUAAAAUGAAGAAACUUAGAGGUAAUGGAGGAGAAAGCAUAAUAAACCAAAAAAAUAUACAGAAAGAAAAAAUGGAAUUAAAAAAGAAUUUCAUGGAUGUGGUGCACGAAAUUCGGAGAUUGACCAUACCCCACUUAGAUAAGUUUCAAAAAAAAAAUGUAGAAAAUCAUCAAAUAAAAAUGUUAGGAGGGAAAUUCGACAAGAGUGCAAAAAUUCAUUAUCCUGAACUUAUGUCACGUAAGAAAUCCAUCAAAAAGUACAUACAAAAAAGAAAGGAACGCGAAAAAAUUCUGGGUGUCAAAACACAGAGCGGUAAUUACAUUGAUAUGCAGGAUGUGUUUCGAAAGAAAAAAAAAAAAAAAAAAAAAUUCUCUUCGAAAUUGUUUUAA